UUACAUUGAAUUAAAUCUUUUGUUUUCUUUUUCUUUCCUUUUAAUAAUCAUUAGUUAUUAUAUUUGUGUGUUAGGGGUUGGAAAUUGUAAAGGGCUCGUUUAGUCCUCGGCAGGCUGCAUGUCAAUGUAUAUACACAGUUUCUAUAUUUUUUAAUUUUGUUGUAAAUAACUUUGUGAAACGAGAAACUAAACAUAAAUUUUCAAUGCGAGUCUGAGAGUGGACACAUCGAAAGAAAGUAUUUUUAUUUUCGUUGUAGGAUACGUGUGUGCGCUUAAUAAUAAUAAAAAAAAAUUGAUUAAAAUAAUAAUUAAUAAUACAGAACAAAUGCACUAGUUGUUGAAAUUUUCCGAGAAAUUUAAAGGAAAUCGUGAUAUAUUUUUUAUUGUUAUUACACACAGUACAUUUUGGAAAUUAUCAUUGACAUUCCAACUUUCUUGUUUCCUAAAUUAUAGAUUAGGUUGGAAUUACUGUAAUGUAUUUUUUUUUUGUUUCCUCGUUUUUUUUUUACUUAUUCUUCCGAGUUGUGUAAUCGAGAAAAGAGAAUAAUCCGGCAAGGAUGAUGAGUUUGUACUUCGUCUAGUUUAUUUUUUUUAUUUUUAUUGUAUGUCAUCAAGCUACCCUGAAUAUUAGCAUUGUACUUAUUCUAAAUUGUAGUUAUGUAAGACAUUUGUAAUUAAUUUCCAAGACCCACCAACAAGAAAAAAGAGAAAAAGAAGAACAUCCCUUGUUAUUGAGACUGCAUUUCAUUAUUAUUAUUAUUUUUUUAAAUUAUAUAGUUAUUUAAGUAUAUGUUUCGUUUAUUUUGAUCGUUUGUAUAAAAAGUUGUUUAUUCAUUAUUUUUUUGGAUCUGAACAUGCUCCUAGAAGUUCUCUAAGUAAAUGAUAAUGGUUAACUAGUAAAAUAAUAAAUGGAACGACGUUGGAAGCGUUUCUUUUCGAGAAAUAAAUAUACAGUGUACAUAAUAAACCCAGUAGUCAUUAUAAACAAAAGAACGAACCUCUUUUAAAGUAUCUUACUUUUCUUGUUACUAUAAAUAUUUAGCUCAGUAUUAUAUAAGAAUAGCGAGAGAGAAAAAAUAAAACGAUAUAUUUUAAAUUAUUGUUGGAGCGUUAUUUGUGGCCACUUCGAAGUGGCGGACUUGUUGCCUAAGCUGUUGUUGGACUCCAAUAUUUUUUUUUCUUCCCGGAACACGACGGAGGUGCUUCCAAUGGAAUUGGAUUCUCGUGCGAAUGUUUACUGUUAUUUGCUUAUUUCAAUAAACUGCCUAUUUGUUGACCCUCAUACACAGCUUAAAUUGUGUUUUCUAGUCCUAGCUCAUUGUUCGCUUAUGUACACAUUGUAAAAUAUACACUUGGAACGAUUAUUUAUUCUGAGCAACUUAUGCGCUUGGGGUGAUUCGAGCGGCCGUCGACAGAAACUGCUCCACUUGCAAUUGAUCAAUAGUUUCCGUCCACCCAAGUACAUAGCGUGCGAGUAUAUAUAUGUAUUCACUUCUAUAUACAUCAAUGUAUAUAGAUAUAUGUAUAUAUGUACACUGUCAUUUGCCCCUCCUCACUGCGUCACUGCCGAUUCCAUAAUCACUUUUGUGAAAUAAGAAAAGUACAGAAAUUCAAGUAAAUAUCCCGGAAAGCGAUUUGGAACGCGAAAAUGCUUCGAGAAAGGCCCGAAAAUGUCAGACGACGUAAAUGCGUUGUUGACACGUCUGCAAACGUAUGCCCCAUUUUUGAAAGACAUGAUUGACAAUCUUAAACCCGAUAUGCCUCAACAUGCCAAAUUAGUUUCUUUGCAUAAUAUGAUUACAGAUAAGAAGAAAAAGUUUAAAUAUGAAACUUUAAAAAAGUGCGAGGAAGUGAUAAAGAAAAUACAAAAAUCAAAAAACGUAACCACUUAUAAACAACCACCAAAAACACUUCCGUUGCCACCACGGAGUCCGAGUCCUGUACCUACAAUUCGUAGCCCAGAUCCGGAUAACUGGGAAUCGAGUAAUACAUUCGUUGAAGAACGAUAUGUGAGAGAAACUCCCAGUAUUUACAGCAGCAUCGCUGCGACGAUAAGUAAACCGAAAAAUGUAAAUAUCGAUUUAAUUCCAAAGAUGGACAUGUCGAAGCCUCCGAUCAGCGUUGCAGACCUGGAGCUUUUGAACUCACAAUAUUGUGAAAUAAGUGAUAGUUUAGAAAGUGCUAGUGGUGUGAAAGACAAAAAACUUUUUCCGUCGGGGAAAACGCCGAGUUCGAAAGUAAGAACAGAUGUUAAUGAUUCAAAGUGUGCGAAGGCGCGGACUGAUAAACUAGUGAAGGAAACGAACUCACCAUUUGGAAGUAUGCUUUCGAGCAUAGACGAUCAGUUAAUAACUGAUAGAAAGAAGAGGCGCGACAGUAAAGAUGGACACAAAAUCGUGAAAUCAAAUAUUAAUGGAAAUCCGAAGUGUGAGUCAAUCAGUAGACCGAAUAUCUCGGAGACCGUAACAAGUAAAGUCGUUGAAGAUAAACCUGUACGUUUAGCUGAUAAAUAUAAUCCAAAGCCAAGGGCUAAAUCAACUCGAACAGCUGCAAUGAUGAAGGGAAUAGGUGUAGUCGACCAAAUUUUAAAAGAAAUGGAAAGACAGCAUGACAUUAAACCCGCCGAAGAGCCGGAACCUGUAAAAGAACCACCACCACCCGUUGUGGAAGCCUUGCAACAACAACAUAUUCCUACCCAAAUAUCUUCGUUUCACAAAUUAAAGUCGCCUCCACCAAAAAGACAUUUUCAACCAGGAAAUGUUAUAAAUCCACCCACAAGCUUUAACGAGAACUACAAUCACAACUAUAGAAUUCCCCCACAGCAUAAUGCGUUUCCGCCUCAAGCAAAAGUGUUUACGCCGUUCGAGCCAAUACAGAGUGAUUAUGACAUAAGUGCUCAUCCGCCAGUAGAUUUUUAUGCACCGACAACACCUAAUCCAUAUUGUCAUCCUCCUCAACCAUACAACGUUCCUCCUCCAAUUAUAUUUUCUCCGCCGUACGAGCAGCAACCAACGCACCCUAUGCAUAUUCAAAAUAAGAGAAACUUUAGUAAUAAUAGAUUUCAUGAAAAUGAAAUGCCGUACACCUAUAAACAUUGGCGCGAAGAGAAAAAGUUAAGAGAAGUAAGAGAUCCACGUGAAAAUCGGGAUCCAAGAGAACACCGUGAGCAACGGGAUCCGCGUGAAAACAGAGAUCCUCGUGAAAACCGCGAUCCAAGAGAGAACCGGGAUUCAAGGGAAAGCCGUGAUCCAAGAGAAUCUCGGGAUCCACGUGAAAAUCGAUUGUUUCGUGAUCCUCGCGAGAAGCGUGACAAUCAUGAUACUAGAGAUCCACGAUUAAGAAGAGAUGACUAUCAAAGAGCUCAGUCAAAGGGACGCGAUAGUCGAUCUCCAGAGUCAAACCGAAAGUCAACUGAUGUUAGUAGACCACGUGUGGGAUCAUGCGAGAAAGAUGACGUUCGUGUACGAUCCACUUCAACCGACAGAGACAAAUUUAGCCCUCAAAAGACUAAAGAGAGAUUAAGGAGUAGCAUAAAAGAAAUUAUACCAAUUCGUAGUAAAUCGAAAAAUCGAUAUAAUGAUUAUACUAGUACUUCAAAGGCUGCAACUAAAGAUAAGUAUACAUUUUUAAAAGGAGAUUCUUUGCAAUAUUUUAAAAUUCCCAAAAAAACUCGUCCCGAAGAUAAUGAACAAAAAGUAAAACAAGAUAGUGCUAAGGCUGAGGAACAUAAAGAUACGUCUAACAAUAUUAAAAACGUUGAUCAAGAGCAAGAAGAAGAAUCUCUAAAUGAAAAAAAUGAACAUGUGGAUAAUGCUAAAGAAGAAAGUGAUACAACUUCAGGGACACAAGAUAUUAUUAAAGAUGAUGAAAAAGAUACUCUUGUUGACAAUAGGAAGGAGAAGAAGUCAGAUGACAAUGAAAUACUUGUUGAUAAAGAGAAAACGGUUGAUAAGGUGGAGAAUACAGACGUUAAAAAAAUUCUCUCAAUGGUUGAAGAAACUAAAAAAGAACUUGAAACUACUGAAAAACAGCCCGAAGACAUUAAAAAGGUUGACGUAAAGGUAUCUCCGUCAGGAGAUAUUGAUACGAACAAAGCAAUUACUUCAGAACCUAGUUGUAGUUCAGAUAGUCCGCAAGAACAAAUUGCAAAAUUACUAGAAACUAUAAAAGAACAAAAAGAUUCAACUGCUUCCACAGCUAUCUUAAGUAUGAUUAAUAUGUUAAUGACAUGUUUAACUGAUAAAACUAAGGAGGAGGUGCCUAAACUGGAAACUGAGAAGAAAGAGGAAGUUAAGACUGAAGUUGAAGAAGAGAAAGAAAAUGUUGAUGUAAAUGAAGCGGCAGCUACAGACGAAAAGCAAGAAGAAGUUGUUGAAGAAGAAGAGGACGAUGAGACUACAAUCGAUGAUGAUGAGAAUGUAGAUGAUGAUUCUAAAGAUGAUGAGUAUCUAAUUGAUGAGAAGAAAAAUAAAGUAAAGAAGCCCGAAAAGAAAUGUUUCAAGAAAAAUGUAAAAAGUAAACCAGUAACAAUUAAAAAGAAAGCUGACAAACAGAAACAAAAUGAGGAUGUUCAUGAAUCUGUCGGAGAACGAAUUAAAAAUAGGAAAAGAAGCAAUGUAGAGAAUUCUGUUCCCAUUGAAAAUGAAAGAGUAACUCGCCAAAGACUGGCUAAUAUGCGUGUCCCGGCUAAGAAAACACGCAAAAAUGAACUAGAUAAACUUCAUGAUGACAUAAAAGAAUCGUUAGGGGAAGCUGUUUUGUCGACUAGUAAUAGAAGGUCAUGUACCAUGACUUCAAAGGAUGCGGAGAAGGAAAAGGUUAAAGUACCAAGGGUUGUUUUAGAAAAGUUACCAGAGAUAAAAAUUUCAGCUAGUAAUGAAGUAAAAGAAUUAAAUACAGAAUCUGAUAAUAAAAUGAAUGAAAAUCAAAGUGAGGAUGUCGAGGAAAAGAGGAAAAAACAAAAAAAUAAUCAAGACAUAGCAGAAAAAGAUGGUAUUGAUCAAAUGGCGAAGAAACGGAAACUGUCGAAAGCAGUAGAAAAGACACCGAUUGAGGACGAUGCCGCUUCAGUUAAUAGCGAAUUGUCCAGGACAAAUGAGAGUUUAGAAUAUGAGACAAACGAUGAAACUACCGACGCAGAUGAUAUUAAGAAAACUAAUAAUAAGAAAAAGAGGAAAGCUACAGCAUGGGCGACGGGAGUAAUUAAGAAACGGAAGUCAGCGAAAAAGUCGAUAGGUAACGAAGAAUCCGCAAGCGACGCAGAUUUCGUCGAACCUGAUAAAGAAUAUUAUUUAAAGACAACUGAUGCAAAUAAAUGUAAAUUAUGCAGCUAUAACGGUAAAUCAAUAGUUUACCACUACAUGAUGAGUCAUCCAGAAAGUGAUAUGUAUAUCUCCCGCCUUUCACCCAAAGAUACCGAACUCGCAUUAAGUGACAGUAAACUCGCUAAUCUUGAUGAUAUCGUGUUUUCUGAAGAGGAAAGCAAAGCUAGAAAGAAAUAUAAAUUUAGAUGUCGCUUUUGUAAAGCGUCCUAUUUAGAAAAUUCAAAUUUCUUUUACGACCAUCUAACAAGCCAUACGGGUGAACAUAGAUUUAAAUGUACAGAAUGUAAAUAUCGUAAUAAUAACCGGAGAAAUCUCAAGCUUCAUGUACAGUAUUCUCAUCCAAAAGUGGAUGCGAAUAAUAUGAUACUGUUAGAAGAUUCGAAACCGAACUAUCCAAUUAUAUUAGGAUAUAUUUGUUCUGAAUGCAAUUUUCUUCAAUUACACCGAGAAGCAAUUGAGCAGCACAUUCAUAUAUAUCACUUAGAGGAAUCUACUCAUCCUAUUACCAUUAAUAUGUCAUUCCCAGUGGAAGACAUUGAUAAACCGAUCAUUGAUAAACCGAUCAUUGAUAAACCGACUAUUGAGAAGCGAAUAACUCGUGAAUCCAUAAAAAACGCGGUUAGCGUUGAAGGUAAAAAUAAAGACCCGGUUUCAUCUAAUAAUGAUAUAGCAAGUAGGGAAGAACAUAGCAAAACCUCUACCGCAGAUGAGAAAAACGAGUUGAAUUUGACAGCGUUUCUAUGCGAUGAUACUGCCAUUCAAGAAGAAAAUAAUUUGGAAGAAAAACGUCUAGAAAAAAUGAAGGAAAUUCAGAGUACAAUACAAACGAAGCGAACUUCGUUUGUAAACACUCUAAAGUCAAGGUUGGAAAAUUUAUUGAAAAUGGAUGAAAGUGAAGAUAAUGAUGAUACACAAGAAGAGGAGAAGACAGAGGAGUUAGAUUCGGAGAAGAUUUUAAAAAUCAGUAAUAGUAUUAACACAAAAAAGCACUCAUUGGGAAAAGCUAUAAUAAUUAAACAGGAAAAGGAUGUGGAAAUGGAUGAAGCUAACGAGACUGACGUGCAUAAUCAGACGAUCGCAGAAACAUCUAUGAAAAAUGAACAGUUUCAAGAUUCGGCAAUGCGCAAAGAAAGUAAGAAUUAUUAUGCCUCAACGUCCAAAUCGACUGAGGUUCCGAAAAUUCAAAAUUCUAUAAAUCAAACAGUCAACAGAUUGCAGGGAUUCUUAUCGAAGAUGCCUGCUUUAGAACCAGUGAAAAUUGUUCCUUCAGUCGCAUCCGAGAAAUUAUUUAGUGUAUCUAUAAUUCAUGCAACUAAGAUGAAAGAUAAGGAACUAGAAUUUAUUUGUAAUAUACCCUCGUGUGUUUUUCGAACUUCAAAUAGAAAAAUAUUUGAUUCGCACUGCAAAUUCACUCACAAAAAUGAAUAUUAUAAACUAUCGUGUUCCACUUGCAGUGAAUCGAAUGGUCAAUAUCUCAACAUAUUGGAUAUUUUUAAUCACUUGUGCGUCCACGUAUCUGAUGAUAAAAAUGAAAAGGAAGAAAUACAGAUGAAACGGGAACUGGAAGAACUUGAAGAAGAUGUGAAAAGUGAUCCGGAUUGUAAUAAAUCAUCUAUAUUCAGUAUCAAAAUUUCAAGUGUAACAUCAUUGGCGCCAUCAAAGAGUGAUGCAAUGAACGAUGUCAUCAUAAAUCCAUCUGCAUCUACACUCCCAGUUCCGCCAUUGGUGUUGAAAGAAAAAUCCUCAACGUUGGAAAUUCCUCCCUUGAUAAAAAUAUCUGAAACAUCUCCAAAGUCGGUAUUAUCCAAAGGAACAUCGACUACAUUGAAAGCCAUAUCGUCUAACACGUCUGACAGUGUAUUUCCCACCACUGCUAUUUGUAAAGUAGUAAUAAUGUCGCCAGAAGAAAUUAAGAUUCCAAGAAAAACUUCUGAAGUACGUCGCAAGUGGUUAAAUUCACCCAAUAUUUUAGAAAUAUUAUUAAAAUGCCCAGAACCAGCUUGCAAUUUUGCUACAAACAUAGAAAACGAAUUUGAUGAUCAUCUUUUAAAUUUUCAUACCUUCCUUCCGGGAUUAUUACUUCCAUGUCAUUAUUGCAAUUACAAAAUGGAGGUUCAGUACUUCAAAUUGCAUUUAUUGAUGCGCCACAACAAAAGCAACAAUGGUUGUGCUUAUUGUUUAUACAGAGCAAUCACUCCGGAAUACGUAAAAUGGCACCAAACGAUCGAGCAUAAAGGCAAAGAAUAUUCUUGCUUGACAUAUUCAGAAUCUGCAUUGAUUCUUAGCGCAGAUGCGUUUGUAAAGUAUAAAAUCCCGGAAGUACCUCCAAUAUCUAGGUUUCUUAAACCCUAUGUUUGCGGCUGCAAAAAGGAAUUCCGUGUGAUAAUGAACUAUGAGACACAUGCAAAAACUUGCGUGGAUCCAAAGCCUUGGGGAUGCGGACUCUGUUCUAUUUAUUUUCGAUGCUUUAGAAGCGCUAACAGACAUUUCCAGACAAGACAUCAGCUGUAUAUCUACCAUUGUCGGUAUUGUUUUUAUGGAAAUGUACAUGUCCAGGAUCUCCUUAAUCAUAUGGUAACAGAACAUUCAAAUUACGAAUUUCGUAUAGUUUGUAGAUCUGUUAAGGAUGGGACCGUCAGCGAGGUUGAAGAUAACAAAAUAUAUGACAAACUACUUUGUUUCAAUUACAAAGACGUGAUCAAGGAUCCUGAGAGCAACAAUAUUGAAAUCUGUGAAAUAAAUAUUGAUAAUGAUGUGGAGGACACGAUGGAAGACGAAGAAUUGGAAGACGUCGAAGGGCAAACUUAUUCCGGGUCUCUACUAUUUAUAUGCAAGUGCGGCGAGAAGGUCGAAAAUUCGUUAGCCUUCAAAAAUCACUUGAUUAGUUGUACAACAAUGACACAGAAAUCAAAUAAUCAAAAACCGUACGACUGUUACCACUGCGGCAAGUCGUUUAAAAAUGCUCCCAAUCUGGUGGAACACAUUCGAAUACAUGGAGCAAAUAAGAUCAGUUGUUCGCUUUGUUCCUAUCAGCAUCCCCAAGUUUGUUCUAUGAGAGCACAUAUGAAGAGUAAACAUAAAAUUAAUUUCUGCAGCAUUUUACCAGUGAAUCCCAAGCAGCAAAAUUUCGACACGGAUGAAUUCAUUGCUACUCCAAAUCAAAGGCGUUCAAACAGUGUCGCAAAUUCCGUUCAAUCUUCUCCUAGCAAAGAGUCGUCGAAAGUAAAGCAGUUAAGCCAUUGUCCCAUUAAAUACUCAUUUAGCCCAGAGGAAAUAAGCCAACUACCACCGAUGCCAGUAUACAGAUAUGAAGUACUAUGUAGCAUUUGUCAGUAUGCAACUAAAGUCAAAAUGAAUCUUGUUCGUCACAUGAAUUUACACAAGAAUAAUGCGGAAGUUGCCGAAAUACCGACCGCAGCUCCAGUAAAUCCUGUGCCUUGUCUGAAAAACAAGGAACUGAUGUUUGAUAAGAUGAAAAAUUUGGCGAACAGUUCACAUGCUAUAAAGAUGGAAUCUAAAGUUGAACAAUUAAAAGAUGAAGUUGAUUUAAAUAUACCGAUUUACAUACCGUUAAAUAAAAGAUAUGUGUGUGGAGCUAAUAAUUGUAAUUAUCUUUGCCUGGAGGAAUCUAUGUUACGACAUCACCUACAAGCAUUGCACGGUCAUGAACAGAGUUACACAUGCGCUCAUUGCAAUGAAGAUUUUAGUAGUGAAAAAUAUCCCAUUAAUGUUGAUAAUAUUCUUCGUCAUUUGAGAUUACACGACAACUUACUAUACAAAUGCAGUUACUGCAAGUUUUUCAACAACUUGAAGAACAAAGUGGAGAGGCAUUGUAGCGACAAACAUGCCGAUAAGGCGAGCAAAGUGUUGACACUUAGGGAGGAAACCGAUGAAGUUCAAGUCGAUAGUAAAGAAAAGAAAAUGAAAUCGUGGCGGUGCCGUAUGUGCAAGAGUCGGUAUUCAACAAAAGAAGCAGUCAUUGCUCACGUGGAAAACAAACAUGGUAUCGAUUCGCAAUACAAGUGCAGUUACUGCAAUUACAAGAGUUUAGAGAGGGAUAGUUUUGCUGAGCAUUUUAAGAGCAAACACGAGGGAUGUAAUGAAGACGUUAUCGAGGUAUAUUUUAAUGAAGAUGCAGUUAAAGCUCCACCAGUUGAGACUCAACCACAGUUCGACACAACGCCACUGUGGGUUAUGAAUAAACAAAAUAACAUCAAGCACAUUCGCGGUAUUUUGCUGGAGGAACAUGAGAAGAUUCCCAAGAAAGGACCGAUUAAGAUUGCAAAUAAGGUCGAGGAGGUGGAGAAGACUCCCAAGAAAGGACCGAUUAAGAUUGCAACCAAAGUCGAAGAGGUGGAGAAGAUUUCCAAGAAAGGAUCGAUUAAGAUUGCGACCAAAGUCGAAGAGGUGGAGAAGAUUUCCAAGAAAGGAUCGAAUAAGAUUGCAACCAAAGUCGAAGAGGUGGAGAAGAUUUCCAAAAAAGGACCGACUAAGAUUACAACAAAGGUCGAAGAGGUGGAGAAAACCAAGAAAACUUCGGUUAAGUCAUCCACGAAGUCAACUGAUGGUCAAGUAAAAAAGGAAUCAAUCAGUUCCAAUAAGUCUUCGUCUGUAGACGAAGAAAAUAAAAAUAAAAUUGAAACGAAGAAGAUUACUAACUUGGAUUUGUCUAUAGACGCGGUUGCUAGAGGUUCUGAAAUUAGCGACGAUUCAGACGUGGAUAUAUUACAUUGCCCCGAAGACACAUAUGAGUUUAGCGAAAUUGAGGAGAAAUUAGGAAGUUUGAAAACUAUGCCGAUUGAAAAGUUGAUUGCCUCGAAUUUUAUGGGCACGUACGGUCCUUUUGGAAAGCCCGCCUUUGAAGCGUUCCUUUGUCCUCUGUGCGCUAUUUAUCAAACACCUGAAAUGAAUGACUUCAAAUUUCAUCUGUACGAAGAACUAGAGUAUAAACUAUUCGGUUGUAAGCACUGCCCAUACACAGAAUGCAAAAAGAAGAAAGUGGAAAUGCACUGUAAAGAAGUUCACGGGGAAUAUAAAUCAACCGAUGUUAUUGUACUGGAGAGUCAACCACAAAUAGAGGAAUGGGUUAAGCAAGUUACCACAUAUCAAAAAAGGAUAAUUGAGUUUAUGAACGACGAUGGUGAAUAUUUAAACGUCGUAGACAGCGAUAUCGAAGAACCGCCAGCUUCUAACACCAACGAUCAGAUAUUUAAAUGUAAAUAUUGUGUAUACGAUACUAAAACGCAGUCCUCCUUGAGAACUCAUGAAAUGCGUCAUUGGGUGCAGAAGCCGUUCGGAUGCAACCUGUGCCGAUUUACCGGAGUUGUGAAAGCCGAGAUGAUGAAGCACGGACGUAAAGUGCAUCCUGGCGAAAAAAUGACCAUAAUCUCAUACGAAAUUGAAAACCCGACCAUAGUGCCGAUCACACAUAAAUUCGUAAAUAAGUAUCCAUUUAAGUGUACUAUUUGCAACGCGAUGAUCGAAAAGGAUUUUGAGCAGCACGUUGAAAAGAUGCAUCCGAAGAUACACAAAGAUACAGCUAGGAAGUCCACCAGCAAACCCUACUACCAAAAGGAAUUUACGUACUAUGGAACUAAACCGGAUAUCAACGAGGACGAAAUCAAGAAGACCGUUCUUCAUUUGAACGAUAAGGAUAAUUCCACGAUGACUGUUGAAGAGUAUGCCAAAGUUAUUGAUAUAUUCCCAAAAGUUACGCUAAUUGAUAUGGAUAGGCGUAAAACAUAACUGUGAUGUACAAAAAUAAUUUUUAUAUAUUUUUAAUAUUCCUCAAAUAUAAGUUAAUCAGUAAGUUCGUCAAAUUGUUUUCUAAUAUUUAGGAAACAGUUUUGAUCUAUCAAAUCCACUAUUAUGUUUCGUAUCUCAGAAUGCAUCUGUAAAUAGCGCAUUA